AUGUCGGCGUGGGCAAUAGCAUUAGGCCUCGGUGCCACCGCCUUCUUCGGACGCGCCGCCCUCGUCGCCCUCCGCCGCUCAGGCAAAGCCGGCAGCGCCCUCGGACGCAGUUACUACAAGGGCGGGUUCGAGCCCAAGAUGACGCGCAGAGAGGCAGCGCUCAUUUUGGAAUUACCGGAACGAGGUAUAACGAAGGAAUUGCUGCGCAAGAAGCACCGAUCGCUCAUGUUGCUGAAUCAUCCCGAUCGAGGCGGGAGUCCGUAUUUGGCGACGAAAGUGAAUGAGGCGAAGGAGUUGUUGGAGAAGGAGGUGAAAUAA